AUGGCUCUGCGGCGGGUGCUGGGGCUGGGGGCCCUGGGGCGCCGGAGCUGCUGCUCCAAGCGCCCACUGCCCCCUGACUUUGUGGAGGCCCUGAGGGCCGUGGUUGGGGGUCCCAACGUCUCCACGGCCAUGGCGGUGCGCGAGCAGCACGGCCACGACGAGUCCAUGCACACGUGGCUGCGCCCCCCGGACGCCGUGGUGUGGCCCCAGGCGGUGGGGCAGGUGCAGGAGCUGGCGGCGCUCUGCUACCGCUGCCGCGUGCCCAUGGUGCCCUUCGGCACCGGCACCGGCCUCGAGGGCGGCGUCAACGCCGUGCAGGGCGGCGUCUGCUUCAACCUGAGCCACAUGGACGCCAUCGCGGAGCUGAGCCUCGAGGACUUCUCAGUGACGGUGGAGCCCGGCGUCACCCGCAAGGCCCUCAACAGCCACCUGCGUGACACCGGGCUCUGGUUCCCCGUCGACCCCGGGGCGGAUGCCUCGCUGUGCGGCAUGGCGGCCACGGGCGCCUCGGGCACCAACGCGGUGCGCUACGGCACCAUGCGGCCCAACGUGCUCAACCUGCGCGUGGUGCUGCCGGACGGGCGCCUGCUCCACACCGCCGGCCCCGGGCGCCAGGCCAGGAAGCGGGCGGCCGGCUACGACCUGACCUCACUCUUCGUGGGCUCCGAGGGCACCCUGGGCUUCCUGACGCAAGCCACGCUGCGCCUGCACCCCCUGCCCGAGGCCACUGCUGCCACCACCGCUGCCUUCCCCAGCGUGCGGGCGGCCGUGGACUGCACCAUCCAGGUGCUGCAGGCUGCCGUGCCCGUGGCCCGCAUUGAGUUCCUGGAUGAGGUGAUGGUGGGUGCUUGUGGCCGCUUCAGUGGGCUGGAGCUGCCGGUGGCGGCCACGCUCCUCCUGGAGCUCCAUGGCUCCCGGCACGGCCUGGCCGAGCAGCAGCAGCAGGCAGAGGAGAUCGUGCGGCUGAAUGGCGGCUCCGGACUGGCCUGGGCAGAGGAGCCGGAGGAGCGCGGGCGGCUCUGGGCCAUGCGGCACAGCGCCUGGUACGCCGCCCUGGCCCUGCGGCCUGGCUGCCAGGGCUACUCCACGGACGUCUGCGUGCCCAUCUCCCGCCUGCCUGACGUGGUGGUGGAGACCAAGCGGGACCUGCAGGACUCCGGCCUCACCGGCCCCAUGGUGGGACACGUGGGUGACGGCAACUUCCACUGCCUCCUCAUCUUCGACCCCCAGGAGCCGGCCGAGGCCCAGCGCGUCCACGCCUUCGCCCAGCGCCUGGGCAGGCGGGCGCUGGCGGCGGGGGGCACCUGCACUGGGGAGCACGGCGUGGGGCUGGGCAAGCGGGCACUGCUGCUGGAGGAGCUGGGCCAGGAGGGGCUGGACACCCUGCGCAGCAUCAAAGCCGCACUGGACCCCCACAACCUCAUGAACCCCGGGAAGGUGGUCUGAGGGGGGCACCGGCACCAAGGCGGCGCGGGGGUGGCAGCCCCCGGAGUCACGGCCAGGGCGGUCACGCUGCCCUGCACUGCCACCCCUCGUGUUCCCCCAAAUCCCAUCCCCACCCCUGCGGGUUGUGGACCCCCAAACCCCCAAUAAACCCCUUUGCACCCACAGCCUCCAUGCGCCGUGAUGUCUUUUGAGGGGACAGGACACCCCAGCCCCUCCCCAGGGGGUCCCUGUCCCAAGCAGUGCACACACAGACACCCACAG